AUGCGCACUUUAUUUACAUUAUAUUUCUACCUGACAUUCGGCAGAGCGGCGGUGACACUCGACAACAAACCGAUCGCACUUUAUGCGACGUUACUUAUCGAGGACAUCCACGAAUUCGACUGGCAGACUGGGGAAUUUGAAAGUACCGUGGAGCUGUUAUUAGCCUCGGAUAGCCCGAAUGCAAAAUCGCUUGAACUGGCGACGAUCGAGGCGCAGAACGAGCCGCAUCCCUUUGUCGAUUGCGCCUUUGAUGCGUACAAAGUACAGAUGCUCAGCGACCUUCGCUGGGUCGUCAAAUCGUUUGGCGAUAUUUUGAGCAGCAAGCGAAGAGCCCGUGUCCGGUCGAUCUGCCAACUGCCGUCGGGGCAAUUCCCGUUCGAACGGCAGCACUGCUCAAUUCGAGUCAUUUCCCCUCGACACUCGUCCGCCGAGCUGGCCCUGCAAUGGGCCCGAACAAGCAAGCCCGUCCGAACCUCGCAUCCGCGGUAUCGUACCGCUUCUGGAGCCGAGAUUACAGACUUCACACCCGUCGCCUGUACCUACGAUUCCAUCUAUACGAUAACAAAUGCCGAGACGAGGAGUGCCCGCCACUCGUGUCUGGAGGCUCGGUUUUAUGUCCGUCGCCCUGUGCUGCCAUUCCUCAUUCGCUAUUUGUUGCCCUCGACUACCGUAGUCACCCUGAUAUGGGCCUCGUUUUUUGUGGCUAGGUCGAGCUUGUCACUGCGGUUUUUCCUGGUAUCAACCGGCGCUUUUAUUAUGACAGUUAUGUGGUUCUCCUUGAAUCAAAUGGCCCCCAGCCGCAGCUCAAUCACACCUGGAGACACGUGGAAUUUGCUGCAUUUUUGUUUCCUAUUUGGCGGCUUAAUUCAUUUCCUGAUCACAAUAUUCCUGCAAAAUGCGCACGAAAAAUAUCAGAAUUUGGCACGGCAGAACGAGCUGGUGAGGGCGGAGAGCAGGAGAAGGUACGAGAAAAGGCUGGUGAACAAGAUUUCGCAUCAAACGCCGGCUGACAGUAAAGUGGAUCAAAAUGGGAAUGAUCAUCAGAAUUCCCACACCCCACUGCUCAAUACGUACGAAAGAGCGCUGACAAACGGGUUUCAAGCCAAGGCCGAUCAAUUGUCUCUUCGGGCAGCGAGGUGGGACCUGAUCGGCCGUUCCGCCACACUGCCAAUCUACGUUGUCUCGAUUUUCGUCUUUUUCGUGUGGAAUCUGUGGCUCAAGGAGGAAUGGGAUUCC